AUGGCUAUGUCAAGAGAAGAGAGAAUCGCCGAGUUUUUUGUCAAAGUCGAGAUAAAAAUGGACUCGAUCGUUCAACUUUGUGAUGAUGCGGAGAAAGCAUACGAAUCGGCUGAGUGGGACCAGGAGAGAAGAUUGACUCUUCAGAAGUUCGAUGCGAUGGUCAAGACUGCAGAAGGAAACAAUGAGGCUGCCAAGGACCUUCUCAUCCGCGCUCUCAAGUCAUGCCUCUACCGUGUCUGCUUCGCCCACAAACUUGCUGAAUUCGGAAUCUUCGUCGUCUUCGAUGGACCAGGAAAAGUGUUCCCAGUCCCAGGAUUUCUUGUUCGUCUUCUCAAAGGUGGAGAAUACGAGAAGCUGUGA